AUGAACGUAUUGGUGUAUUCUGGUCCAGGAACUACAAGCGAGAGUGUCAAGCAUUGUAUUGACUCAUUGCGACUUCAUCUAAGUAAAUACUAUGCAGUAUUACCCGUCAAUGAAACUGUUUUGCUAGAUGAACCCUGGAUGAGAAAGACUUCGUUGUUGGUGAUCCCUGGCGGUACAGAAUUGUCUUAUUGUCAAGUCUUGAAUGGUUAUGGUAAUAGAAAGAUCAGAAGCUAUGUAACGAAAGGAGGUAAAUUCAUGGGCUUUGGUGCAGGGGGUUAUUACGCUUCAUCAAGAUGUGAGUUUGAUGUCGGUGGGCCAUUAGAGGUUACGGGAACUCGAGAGUUGGGUUUUUAUCCAGGAACUUGUAAAGGUCCAGCACUCAUCAAAUUCAAAUACAACCUGGCAAAAACCGCGAAGUUGGCGGUCAAUAAUAGUUGUCUACCUAAUGCACCCAAAAGUUGUUUCAAUUAUUACAACGGAGGUGGUGCUUUCCUUGACUCAUCAAAAUUCGGAGAUGUUGAAGUGUUAGCAAGAUAUGAUGUUGAGACAGAGGUGGGGGACAAGAUGAAAGCGGCAAUUGUAUAUCGAAAAGUUGGAAAAGGAGAUGUGAUCUUGAGUGGAUCUCAUCCAGAGUGUACUCCAAACAAUUUGCAAAAUGUUGAGAAAAAGAUGAAGAAUGUGGUCACAACAUUGAAGAAGCAUGAUAGGGAUAGGAAAUUGUUUUUGCGAGAAUUGUUGAGGAAACUUGGGCUUCGUGUUUGUGAAGAUAUCGAGAAUACAACACCAGAGAUUACCCCUUUGUACAUCACAUCGCCCUUUCUUGGACAUGUUUCAAAAAUCUGGACCGAUCUCCAUAAUCAUUUGCUGAUCAAGGAUGGCAUAUUUGAGGAUCGUAAUAGCACGUUCUGUUUUCAAAAAGAUACUUUGCAUUGUCGAGAGGAGCACUCAACAUCAUCAAGAGUUGUUAAAUUUGUUACCUCGGGCGAUGUACCGACAACAAAGUCGACACCUCACUUUGACAUUGAAAAGUAUUUUGCAAGGCUUUGUCAAUUAUCGGAGAACACUGUCCCCGAGCUUGGCUCUGUACUUGGCUAUGCAGAGGUCAUUACCUCUACCCAUACAAUACUUGAGCAAAAUCCGCUUUGGUUAAAACAUCUCCCACACGGCCUAACAUUGACCGCUACAACUCAAAUUGCUGGUAGGGGCAGAGGAAACAACGUUUGGCUUAAUCCACAGGGUGUACUACCUGCAACCAUUUUGUUCAAAAUCCCUCAGAACGAGGUUGAACCGUCAUUUGUCAUAACCUUGCAAUACGUUUGUGGUUUGGCUUUAAUCGAAGCUAUAUUACGUUACGGUAGUGGACCUGAUGGAGCAGGUGUUGGGUAUGAAGAUAUGCCAUUGCGUAUUAAAUGGCCCAAUGAUAUUUACAUGUUGAAACCGGAGUUUUUAGACUUUGACCAUGAAGAGAACCCAGGUUGUGAAGAGGAAAAGUACUCGAAAGUCGCUGGAUCUUUACUUGGCUCACAAUGCAUCGAUGGCCAGCUCUACUUGUUGUGGGGUGGUGGUAUAAAUGUAUCGAAUGAGGCACCCAUAAUGUCUUUGAAUGUGGUCUUGACGAAACUUAAUGAGCUUAGAAAGGGAAAGAAUCUACCUGCGUUGCCGGCUUAUCAAUUGGAAUUGCUAUUAGCGCAUAUUGUUUUCACAGUCAAUCAGUUCUACUCCAUCUUUAAGCAAACAGGAUUAUCAUCAUUCUUGCCGUUUUAUUAUCAAAGGUGGUUACAUUCUAAUCAAAAAGUUGUUGUUUCUGGACACCUGAAAGGUGAGUCAAGAACAUGUAUAAUUAAAGGCAUCACUCCCAACUAUGGGUUGUUAAUUGCUCAAGAUGUGAAUAGCCAUGAUGUUUUACAUUUACAACCAGAUGGUAAUUCCUUUGAUUUGUUCAAAGGUCUUGUUUAUAAGAAGAAUACAUAG